AUCGUUGCGCAUGAUAUAAAUAGCGCAGAUGCAGACAGAAUGCGCAUUCGCCAACAAAUAGCAACAAAUCGAAUAAAAAAAGCGAUGUUUUAGCAAAUUACAGUAGGAGGAUAUUACAAACAAAGAAAUAUACUGAAGUAUUUGGUUUUCUCUCAAUCUCUGGUCAAAAAAAAAGUAUAAACCUUCAAUAUAUCAAUUAAAGAAAAGAUGGACGAAGAAGAAAAAAUGAAAACUAUGCACAAAGUAGAAAUGUCAACAAAAGAGCGUCAUUCAAGACAUAAAUCAAAACGGGACAUUAAAGAUAAAAAAAUAGAACAAGUUGUGAACCCUAUCGAUGAUAAUAAAGCAACUACCGAAGAAGAAAAAAACUUACACAGACAAGACUACAAAAAUAAGCAUAGUUCACACCAAGUUGACUGCCAACACUAUAAAAGUACAAAUAAAGAACGCAAAACAUCUGAAAGAACUAAAAACAGAUCCCGUAGAUCUAAGUCAGAAACUUCUGACGAUGAAAGGUGCUGUACAAAAAAGCAUCGAGAUAAAAGUUUAAAAGAACGCCAUAGAAGAAGGGAAGAAUGUAUUAGAAACAAUGAAAACAGUAUCGAGGAAGAAAGAAAAAGACUAGACAGUAGAACAAGAUCAAGACCAAGUGAUCACACAUGUCACAGGUCACCGAGAACAAAAAAAGAACGGAAAAAACGUCAUGAAAGUGAAGAAAAAAUGAAAAAUGAAAAAAUAAAAAAUAAAGACUACAAAACUAAAGAUAGUAAUAGAUUAUAUCAUUCCGAUUCAGAACUUGAAGUAAAAAAUAGAAAAAAAAAAAGUACAACGGCGUCAGUGCCAAUUGACGUUGAUGGACUAUACAACUUAUUUUACAGAGACAGUAAUGAGCACAAUGAAAGUGGUGUCAUAAAAGAAGCCAUUCGUAAAAAAUUAAAGGGACAAGAAACAAGUCCUCUUAUACUCAAAGCAGACCCAAACAUUAUUAAAAAAAAAUCUUCAGCAAAAUCUAGAUUAGAUGCAGAGGAACAAUCGAAUGUCAAAUGCAAACUAAUUAGAGUAUUGUUUCAAAGAGUAAAAGAAUUGCUAAAAGAAACAGAAGUUUUGCGAGUAGAGCGAAAAGAAAUGUGUCAUACAAUAAACUUGUUAAAUGAACAAAUAAAAGAAUUAAAAAAAACAACAGAAAAAAUUUUAAUACCAGAAAAAAAUAUCAGCGAUCGACUUGAAAUACUAGCAGAGGAAAUGAAGGUUACUACAAGUGGAACUAGUUUUCGUGAAGAAAUACACAACAUCCUUUAUGAUAUACAGAACAAAUAUCAAACACAUUGGAAGGAGCACGAACACAAACUACAAGAGGUUCAAAGCCAAGCUGAAAAUGAAAUUCAAGCGCUUAUGAAGAAUAUUGUUGGAAAUUAUAUAAAACUUGCAGAUGAUAAAGACUAUAAUAAAACAAAGUUGAAAACAGAAAUUUCACAACAAAGCAAUAAAAACACAAUACUGAAAGCAGGCAUCGCACAACAAAGAAAAAAUCAUUUUGCUGAUGGUGAAGUGCUCAACCAAAAACAACUUUUUCACAAAUACUUUACUGAAAAUAUACUCAAAAAAAAGAAUGAGUCACAAACAAAUUCUGAUAUCUCAAAAGCUGUAAUGAAUGAAAUUUUAAAUAAAACGCCAGAGUCAUACAAUAUUGUUUCUAAUAACCGAAUCAUUAACCAAACAGAAAUAAAACACCAUAACCUGCCCCUUCACAUUGACAUUCCAAAUUACGAAGAGGAAAAAAUAUACCAACAACUGGAGCAUAAACAAAAUAGAACAAAACAAGGUAUUGAGUGUCAAAAUAAAACCAUGUUGGAUAAAAAACUUGGACUAUUAAAAAUAUCAGAUCAACAAAGUAGUUCUUCAUGCUAUUCAUCUGAAAUACCAUCAACAUUCAUCGAGCCAUUAGAAUACUUACGAAACCCUUUGAUCCAAUCAACUGAUGGUAAAGAUUCAAGUGCUACUUUAUCACAAACAAGUCAACUAGAAGUUGAUAAGACAUUAAAAGUAAAUAUUCCUGAAAUAUCUCAAAAAAAUACAUUAAUUGGGCAACAAAUGCACAAUUCUGAUAGAAUACCUUACAUACCCAUGCCUCCACAAAAAGAUACCAAAUUUCUAAACACAGAAUAUAAAAUUGGAACUGCAACAAUUCAAUCCAGUAAGGAAUUUUGGCGACAAAAAUUAUUACAGCCUCACCCUAUUGAAAAAAAUGAAAGUGACAGUACAGUCAGGAACAUAUUUUAAUAGUUUUAAAAAAAACUAAUAUGCAAAUGAUUCUAUAAACAAUAAAAAUGAUUAGCUCAUCUAAAUUAUUAGAUAUCAACUUUAUCCACAAAUAGUUGAAGUAUGACCAAAAAGAAAGUAGAUUCAAAACAAAAAUGAAAAAAUGCACAUUCACAUUUAAAAAUAGAAAACAUUUUUCUUUUGUUGUAUUUUUUUUAUUAUAACAUUUUGUUAAACUAUAAAUUAAAAAUAAGUAUAAGAUUUUAAAAACAAAGAAUUAUUUAUAGUUGGCUAGAAAUUUAUUAGGUUAAAUAUAAAUAGUGAAAAAUAAAAACUAACUUAAUACAAGUAUAAUUUUUGAACACAAAUGAAAAUAAAAAAUAGGAGUGACAGCAAAAGUUGUCUUAUGUAACCCAAGCUAAUAAGUUAUUACAACCUUAUAAUUUGGGACUAAAUUAGGUUUUCUUAUUUUAUAAGGAGUCCCACACGGACGGAGAGAUUUCUAUACAUAUCCAUGUAUGUAUGCUUCUAACACAUAAAACAAUAUAAGUUUUAUAUAAAUUUUAUAACUAAAAAUACAAUUAAAUAAACUGUAUCGCAAUUUGAAGUUCUGAAACAAUAAUGUUUCUAUUUUGUUAUUCAAUAUGUCUAAAGAAAUAUCUUGUUCUAA